GCAGGGUGAGCAGCCCAAGUCGGUGCCUGACACCAAGGGUUGGGGUGUGCAUGGACGGAUCAUUACGUUUGCUUUAAACUUGAGUACAUAUUGUAUAUGCUUUUAUUUUUGUUUCUAUUUCAUAAAGCUUAUUUUGAAAUCUUUUUAGUUUUUUUUAACAAAGUAUCGUGUAACAUUUGAAGUUAUCAAUUCUCCGCAAUCAAGCCAAACUACAAGAAGAUGAUUGACACAUUAUCAGGACCAGGUGCCUUGCCUUUUGCUGUGCAGCUCAAGGCCCUAAUAGACCAGGAGGGCAGAUUCCAGCCCAAACUGUGUGGCCUGAGACUCAUUGAAACGGCCCAAGACAACGGACACAGAAUGACCGUCAAACUGAGGGAGUUUGAAGUGAAGGAUCUUCUUUCUCUGACCCAAUUCUUUGGAUUUAGUGCAGAAACAUUCUCUCUUGCCGUCAGUCUUCUGGAUAGAUUCCUUGCAGUGAUGAAGAUUCAGCCCAAACAUCUGGCCUGUGUGGGCCUGUGCUGCUUCUACAUCGCAGUGAAAUCUGCGGAGGAGGAGAAGAACGUCCCCGCGGCCAAUGAGCUGAUCCGCAUCAGCCAGAGCCGCUUCACCAUCUCGGACAUGAUGCGCAUGGAGAAAAUCAUCCUGGAGAAGCUGUACUGGAAGGUGAAGGCCCCCACAGCCCUCCACUUCCUGCGCCUCUUCUUUUGUCGCAUCCAGGAGCAGGUGGACGGAGACAGCAAGAGUAUCCUCAACAUUGAGAGACUUGAAGCCCAGUUGAAAGCAUGCCACUGCUGUUUUGCCUUCUCCAAAGUUAAGCCAUCUCUGCUUGCCUUAGCCUUAUUGGCUCUUGAAAUCCAGGAACAGCACGAGUACUGCAAUGCUGAAGGCCUUCUGGAGGCCCUACAGGGACUACAGCAGCAUCUUGGUAUCAAAGAUGGUAACUUGCUGUGCGUGAGGGUGCUUGUCGCGAAGUGCCUCGUUGUGUAUUCUUCCACAAAGUGCUCGAGACCAAACCGUCAGAGACUCCGAUGGGUUAUAUCCGGCAGAACUGCCAGACAGCUGAAGCACAGCUACUACAAAAUUGCCCACCUACCGACAAUCCCUGAGUCUGCUUCUUGAUGUGUAGUGGAUGUGGUGUGGGAAAACCAGACACGCAAAACUGAAGUGAACACCAAGCAAGCAUUUCUGUUUUUAAAAGGAGUUAUGUAAUCCAUUAUCUUGGUACUUCAGUUUUGUCCUCUGGUUGCCCAGCACCUCCCCCCCCCCCCCUCCCUAAGUGCUUCUCUGAUAGCUGCAGAUUCGGGAACAGAUCCAGCCAUGAUUGGUCACAAACAUGACUGUUCAUAGCCAGGUCUGCUCCCGAGACCGUUGUUGGAUUUGACUUGCUGAGAAGCUAUCUUACAGGAAAAUGCUAGAUUUUGUUUUUGUUUGCUUUGUUUCUCUACUCCCCCCUCUUUUUUACUUUUUUUUUUUUUUCUCAUGUACUUACAAAUCUAUUUAUUUCAUAUCUGCACUGACUGGAGAGAAUCUAGUUAAGAGUGGGUUUGAUGGCACCUAGGCAGGAGACGAUUGACGAUCCUCUCUUGCCCAGUUGCCUGCACUAAUGUACAGUGUGUUCUCGCCUGAAUCUGUGCCUGGAGCGGCGCCGGUUUUUGUUUAAAGCAAAGAAAUAUAGUACCACCUAGGUCCUCAGUCCACUAUGUGGAAGAGGAGGGAGAAGGGUUUUGUGAAAAUUCAUAAGACCAGGGAACCAAGAAAUCAGGCCCAAAACCCUUAACUUCCACCCUAGGUUGCUGAACUGUCUUAAUGCACACUCCUUACCCACGGUGACUUAAAAUGGAAAAAAUUCGUAUCCUUUAUGUGAAAGUGUUUGGCUUUGCCUACUGAGUUGACGUCGAAUAUGACGUGUGUUUUAAUUCACUUUUUUUUUUUUUUUAUGAACUUGAUGGAUCCCAUACUUAGUUGCAUGAACUAACUGAGGUUUUGAAAUUCAGAGUGAUUUCUGGACUUUAUGGAUUUACAAGUAAUACAAUGGUUGAAUGAAGGAAGAUUAACCUGAGUGAAUUAAAAACAUGUUAAUGGGGUUUCCCAGUGAACAUUGAUGUCAAAGGAAUAAUAGCACCUUUAGCCAUGUGAAUCUUCCAUUAGUGAGAAUAUGGGCUCAAGAAACCUUUGUUACCAUCUAAAGGAACUUAAAAGUGGACCUUUCAAUAAAGUGUUAUUGAAAUGCAGCACCA